AUGGAAAACAUAAAAUCUUGGACGGCUGAGGACGAGGCAAUCAUUGCGACGAACACGGACGCUACAGAGUGCAAGCGAUGCGCCGUGGAGCUCGGUUACUGGAAAGAUGAUUACAUUUCGUAUUUUGUACGGCAUGUUGACCGCAAAGCUCCGGAGAUAAAUCGCGGGUAUUACGCACGAGUCAGAGCUAUGGAAAUAUUUAUUCAUCAAUUCUUAGAGCGCUGUGGCACCAAAUGUCAGAUCAUCAAUUUGGGCUGUGGUUUUGAUACAUUAUACUGGCGCCUCAAGGACACAACACAAGCAGUGGGCAAUUUUAUUGAACUGGACUUCCCAGCAGUUACAUCAAAAAAAUGCCACAUUAUUAAACGGAAUAAACAACUGCUUCAGAAAAUAGCAAAUGAAGAUGGCGAGGUGAUGAUCCGUGAAGGUGACUUGCACUCUGACGGCUACCACCUGUUGGGCUGCGAUCUGCGCUGCCUGGCCGAGGUCCGGCGCAAGUUGGCCGCGGCGGGUGCCGGGCCGCACGCGCCCGCGCUGGUGCUGGCCGAGUGCGUGCUAGUGUACCUGCGCCCCGACGCUGCCGACGCACUGCUACGCCACCUGGCGGCCGCCUUCCCGCGCUGCGCGCUGCUAGUGUACGAGCAAUGCAAUCUGGGCGACAAGUUCGGGGAGGUGAUGGUGCGCAAUCUGUCGGCUCGCGGCUGCGUGGUGGCGGGCGCGCGGCUGGCGGGGUCGCCGGCGGUGCAGGCGGAGCGGCUGGCCGCGCUGGGGUUCGACGCGGCGCGCGCCUGGGACAUGGAGGCGGUGUGGCGCUCGUUCCCCGAGGAGGACCGCGCGCGCGUGGAGGCGCUGGAGAUGCUGGACGAGCGGGAACUGUUGCUGCAGCUCAACUCGCACUACGCGCUGUGCGUGGCCACGCGCGGGGACAUCUUCGCCGACAUGGACCUCAACGCGUAG